AUGUGCUGCUUGUGUCUGAGUAUUAUGUACGCUAUUGUUCUGCUGGGUACCAUCUUCCCAGUGGUUUGUGUCGGCUUCUUCUUUGGUGGAAUCGGAGCAGCAAUUGGCAAUACUUAUACAAACAUAUUUUUAAGUCGAUUGAACAAGCAGCUGAAAUUUUUGGGUACUCAUCAUGGAUUUUACGGCAUAGGUGCUACCAUCUCCCCGAUUAUUGCAACAAGUGUUUUCAAGGUUGGUUUCAAGUGGAACUAUUUUUACUUUAUAUUAUUGGGUAUGGCGAUUUUCCAUUCGGUUCACACUUACAUUGCAUAUAGAGGGUGUGAAACCGAUUUAGCUCUUUGCAUUGAGGCCACUAGAAGUGACGAGAGCCAGGCUGUGUUUCGUGAUGCUUUCAAAACUAAAACCACGUGGUUGCUAGCAUUCUUUUUAUUCUUUUAUCAUGGCCUGGAGGUUUCAAUGGCGGGAUGGAUUGUCACUUAUUUUAUCAACUACCGUCAUGGAAACUCCGCUACCACGGGCUACAAAUAG